AUGUCCUGUCACUGGUCACGGGGUUUGAAACAAAAUAGCUGGAAAAGAAGUCCGCGCCAUGCAGAUAGCUCACUUACUCUGUGGCCGACUCCAAGGUCUGUGCAGAAGGGGGUCGAGAGGAUAAAGGAAGUCUCGCAGAAAGUUGCAGAGAAUGAAAAGGUCCAGCAGAGCGUGGAAUGGGCCAAAAGGAGAGCCUCGGAGAUCGCAGAGAGCGAGCGUGUACAGAAGGGCCUCGAAGUUGCCAAGGACACAGGGAAGGUGGUCAUGGAGAAGACCCAGCAAGGUUUGGAAGCUGUCAAGGAGAGGACUCGCGAAUGGCGUGCAGGUGCUGGCACGGUGUGGGAGAAGGGGUAUGGCAACAUCCAGAGAAUUCGGACCGAGGGCGUGAGUGCUGUGGCCUGGAGAGGAUCUGCCAGGGACACCCUCGACAUGGCUGCUCGUGAGGAGCAAUGGAAAGAUAUCAAAGUUCAAGGCGCAGAGGAGCUGUCUGUGCCGGCCCGGACGGAGCACACCUGUGCUUAUCAUGUGACCAAAGGCUCGACCCUGCGAUGGACUUUCCGGGUGAAGGAACACGACAUCGGCUUUGCUGUCAGAAUGCGAAUCCAAGUUUGGGGAGGUGCACAAGAAGAAGAGGUCUUGGCCAUGGAAAGAUACGACAACAAGGAUACAAUCUCUGGCAGCUGGGUGGCCGAUGAGGACAGGACGAUGAUCCUGGCCUUUGACAACAAGUACAGGAGCCUUACACGCUUAGACGGACAAAAGUUCUGA